GGCCUCCGCGGAGUCGGCCAAAAUUGUCGUUGGCCGCCAUGACUUCUGGGCGCUGUAGUCCUACGCGUGGAUUGGCUGCCAGAGUGAGACGCUUCUUCGUGAUUGGAUGUUACGGCGCCGUAACGGAGACUUCUCAUUCGCCAGCCGGUGGUGGUUGAGUUUGAAUUGAGGGCGGUUAGGCGCGGAGCCACACCUUCGCAGCCGGAACGCCGCAGCUCUUCCUACUCCUCAUCUCGGGACCUGCAACUUCUCGCCUCAGGUCUUGGAUAGCUCCAGACCCCCGAAGGAAGGGUGUCCAUUCCGUCUGUUCGCCUCCGCCCCUCGCGGCGCCGAACGCCCCCAAACUCUUCCGCAGCCUCUGCCGCCUUGUGGCUCGGUCCCCUGCAAAGCGCCAUGGCGCCCAAGAAGGGCAGCAGUCGGGUGGCCAAGACCAACUCGCUGCGGAGCCGGAAGCUCGCUUCCUUUCUUAAGGACUUCGACCGGGAAGUGCAAGUUAGGAUGAAGCAGAUUGCGUCCGACAGGCAGAACCUCCUUAAGGAGGUGGACAACCUGUACAACAUCGAGGUCCUGCGGCUGCCCAAGGCGCUGCGCGAGAUGAACUGGCUCGGCUACUUGGCCCUUGGAGGAAACAAACAGGCCCUGGAGGAGGCAGCAACAGCUGACGUGGAUAUCACAGAAAUAAACAAACUGACAGCAGAAGCCAUGCAGAUACCCCUGAGGUCUGCCAAGUCACGAAAGGCAAUACAAAUGGAUGAAAUGAUAGUGGAAGAAGAGGGAGAAGAAGAAGAAAACAAACUAAAGAACCCUCAAACUGCAAGAGUCAGAAGGUGCCCUCCCUCCAAGAAGAGGAACCAGUCCCUACAAGGAAAAGGCAGAAGCAAAAGGUCAAGCCGCAGUCAGAUGGUGACGCCGGCUCUGAGCCGACUGGAGUUGUCCAUGGUCAGACCAACUCCACGCCUGACGCCCAGGUUUGACUCCAGAGUCUUCAAGACCCCGGGCCUGCGCACUCCGGCAGCCAGAGAACACAUCUACAACAUCUCUAUGAACGGCAGCCCCCUGGCCGACAGCAAGGAGGUCUUCCUCACUGUGCCCAUGGGCAGCGGCGCGAGCGUGCGGCUACUGGCCAGUGACUUGCAGAGGACUGAUAUCGCACAGCUGGACCCAGAGGCUUUGGGAAACAUUAAGAAGCUCUCGAGCCGUCUCGCCCAAAUCUGCAGCAGCAUACAGACCCACAAGUGAGACAGCAGGCAGGACCGGGUGCGGCACAGCUGAGCACACAGACCUCCUCCCCUCCUCCUCUGGGGGCACUGCAUGGAGCCUCAGCAUCUCUCAGCCUCUGCCCAGUUGUUUCUUUUCAAGCUGGCUCGUGGAACAGCUUUCCUGUUUAUCCUAUUUAUCAAAGACCAAAACUCAGCUC